AUGACUGCUCAGCAGCAGGACCUGAUUGGUUUGGUCUUGUUUGGAACUGCCAAUUGCAAUCCCAAAGAUAAACUGAAAAAUAUUUCAUGUCCUCUGGAUCUUGCCCACCCAAAUGUGGAAUAUGUAAAGCAGAUUGAUUUGAUUAUGAGUGAUACAAAUGCUGCAUCACUACAGCGACCUUACAGUUCAUCAGAACACUGUUCCCUUGCAGAUGCUCUUUGGUAUUGCAGCUCCUUGUUUUCUCAAAGUGGAAGUAACUUUGAAGCAAAAAUAAUCCUGUUAUUUACGGAUGACAGUGAUCCUCACUCUACAGAUACCGAUCAAGCACACAAGGCACGAAAGAGAGCCAAAGAUUUGAAUCAACUGAACAUUUCACUUGAGUUGCUCCCAAUGGGGACCAAUUUUGAUUACUCAACAUUUUAUAAGGAGCUUGUGGAGAUUGUGAAUGGCUUCUCUGACACAGAAGUUGAUGCCACAUCGAAGCUGGAAGAACUCCUUGUACGAGUUAAGAGGUUGGAAUUCAGAACUAGACGCCAUGCCAAGUUGAAGUGGAAUUUGGGAAUGGGAGUUUCUGUAGGAGUCUCUCUGUACACAUUUUAUAUAGAGGCCAGUAUACUACCUAAGGAGCCUUUGUAUCGAGCUACGAAUGAGCCGGUUAGAAGUGUGAAACAAUCUCAUGAUCAGGCGACUGGACAGCUACUGUUGCUCUCCGAUGUUGUGAACUAUCUAACCGUAGCGGGAAAGGACAUUGUCUUUACCAGUGAAGAAAAAGAAAUGAUGUAUAAGUUUGAAGAGCCUGAACUAACUUUGUUGGGUUUUGAGCCACUUACCUCUGCCAAGGAAGAUUUGCAUUUUGGCCCGUCUUCUUUUGCAUAUGCGGAAGAAACUUUGAUCAAAGGAAGCAAUGACCUUAUGAGUGAUGCAGUGUAUCGCCAAACAGAAGGUGGCACUGUGCCGCAUGACCUCACGAUACAGAGCCGCCACAAAAUAUGUGUACCUUUUUCCCCGUGA